AUGAGUUUUUCUGUUUUUGAAUUUGGCGCGCUGCAAUUUCACUGGAUGUUAUCAAAUCAAUCCCGUCACCGGGAUCUGAGCGGAUCACUAAAAAGUUAACAGACGUCAAUCGUUGUACAACUUCAUGGGUAUGCUCUGGGCAUCACUUUUUACCUCAAAUAUGCAGUGGUUUUCUGAUGUUUUGGGUUAACCAUCUGUCUGACUUUGUUGUUCACACAGGAGAGAGACAGGACUAUCGUGGAUCCUCUGGGGAUCCUCAACAUCAUCAUGAUGCUGACGAGGCAGAGAAGAGUCUCUCCAGAUCAGAACUCCUCAAGAAACACCAGCAGAGACCCACAGGGAAGAAAUCUAAUUGCUGCUCUGACUGUGGGAUACGUUGCAAAUAUUCAUCAGACCUUAAAAUAUUCCCGAGAAUACACACAGGAGAGAAACGUUAUAUCUGUGAUCAAUGUGGGAAGAGUUUUACUCGGCUACAAACCCUGAAAUCACACCAGAGAAUACACACUGAAGAGAAACCUUAUAGCUGUAAUCAAUGUGGGAAGAGUUUUACUACAUCUAGCCAGCUGAUAUUACACAAGAGAACACACACAAGAGAGAAAUCUUAUAGCUGUGAUCAGUGUGGGAAGAGUUUUACUCGGCUACAAACCCUGAAAUCACACCAGAGAAUACACACUGGAGAGAAACCUUAUAGCUGUAAUCAAUGUGGGAAGAGUUUUACUACAUCUAGCCAGCUGAUAUUACACCAGAGAACACACACAGGAGAGAAACCUUAUAGCUGUGAUCAGUGUGGGAAGAGUUUUACUCGGCUACAAACCCUGAAAUCACACCAGAGAAUACACACUGGAGAGAAACCUUAUAGCUGUAAUCAAUGUGAGAAGAGUUUUACUCAGCGAAACGGCCUGAUAGUACACCAGAGAACACACACAGAAGAGAAACCUUAUAGCUGUAAUCAAUGUGGGAAGAGGUUUACUCAACAAACCAACCUGAUAGUACAUCAGCGGACACACACAGGAGAGAAACCUUAUAGCUGUGAUCAGUGUGGGAAGAGUUUUACUACAUCUAGCCAGCUGAUAUUACACCAGAGAACACACACAGGAGAGAAACCUUAUAGCUGUGAUCAGUGUGGGAAGAGUUUUACUCGGCUACAAACCCUGAAAUCACACCAGAGAAUACACACUGGAGAGAAACCUUAUAGCUGUAAUCAAUGUUUGAAGAGUUUUACUCAGCGAAACGGCCUGAUAGUACACCAGAGAACACACACAGGAGAGAAAUCUUGUAGCUGUGAUCAAUGUGGGAAGAGUUUUACUCACCUAACCAACCUGAUAGUACAUCAGCGGACACACACAGGAGAGAAAUCUUAUAGCUGUGAUCAAUGUGGGAAGAGUUUUACUUGGCUAAACAGCCUGGUAUCACACCAGAGAACACACACAGGAGAGAAAUCUUAUAGAUGUGAUCAAUGUGGGAAGAGGUCCUCUGAUAAAAGAUCUCUGAUUAAACAUCAGAAAAUACAUGAAGGAGUUUCAUGAUAUCAAUGAAAUAAUGUCACAAUGUAGAAUGUUUUUAAUAUUGUGGAAGUUUUUUAAUAUUGUCACAAUAGAAUGUUUUAACAUUGUAGUAGGAGUAUUUUAAAUAAUGUCAGAAUAUAGAACCCUUAACGUUUGCCCCCCUGUUCAAUGAUUUUAGCCUCAGGGGAAAGAUCCAAGCUCUGAAAGUGACUAACAAAAAAAGGGUUGUGUUACACUUACUGUGUUGGUGACACACUGGAAUCAAAAUGCAACACUUUAAAAUGUAGCUAGCUGUUUUCUACAAGUUGUCCUCUAACCAGUGAUGUACACAUUAUUCCCAGAUUCCGUGUGGUUUU